CGAGUUUUUCCUUUAACUUCAAUGAGCUUUUCCCUUCAUGAUUAAUAAAAAAUCCUGAAUGUGCACGCUCACUUCCCCGAUGGCCCAAACCGUGAGUCAGCCACCGAAAAGAGUCCACUGGGAGGAUCCACACGCUCGCCACUCACUCAGACACCCCUCCCACUUUGGACAUAGCGAGUCGAGAUCAGCCCCAUCUCACGUAACACGGCUAAUUUGACAUUAUCAGAAAAGGCCGUCCGUAUAUCAAAGUCCAAAGUUGUGUCGAGAGACACAAAUGGUAGCAGGGGCGAGUGGUCUUUCCUCAAUGUUGUAUGUUCCCCAUUAUCUUUUCCGAGUGAACAGGUUCCCGAAACGUGUGCGGACAGAUGGAGCGGUUGUGCUACAGUCUGCUCGGUGUUAAGUGAAAGAAAUGCUGAGGGACACACUGAGCCACCGGCGGAAGGCCCAAUCGCUGAGAGACACUGAGAGACGUCACCGAAAGUGCGGCCUUAUUCUGCGAUGGACGGCGUCCCCUUCUUCCUCAGCAGAGUAAAACCUGAACCUCCGGAAGACCUGCUCGCCCACGACCUGCACUUCCACACGCAAACCGAGCCCGUUGACCUGUCGAUCAACAAACCCCGCCCCUCCUCUUCAUCCAACCACCCCGCCGCCACCACAAACUUUUCAUCAUCCCCUCUCAGAUCCGCCUUCUCCCCGUCUUCUUUAUCGUCAUCAUCCUCCUCCUCCUCCUCCUCCUCCUCAUCUUCGUCUCCAUCAGUUAUCACCUCAGCCUCAUCGGUGCUCACACCAGGCCCCCUGGUCGCCCCUGGCGCCGGGGUGAGAGGUCAGCCGUAUUUGCACAUCCUGCACUCUGUGCCGCCGCCUCCAUCCAGCCCUCUGAGCCUGCAGGGAGCAGGGAAGCUUGGCAGCCAUGUUCACCGCAUCCCGGUUGUGGUGCAGUCACUGCCCCUCAUGUACACCACUGCCGUUCGAUCACCCUCCAGCCUCAACAACGCCAUCGUGCUACCUCUGCUCGACGAGGUCAGAAGCCAGGGCAAAGCACACACGGACCGCAAUGGCCUGUCGCCAAGGCAGAUCAAAAGUGACAGCGAUGACGACGACCUGCCAAACGUGACCUUGGACAGUGUUAAUGAGACCGGCUCCACUGCGCUGUCUAUAGCCCGAGCUGUGCAAGAUUCCAUUUCCCCGUUCAGUAUUGACAGCAUACGGCGUCCCCGGAGGUCGGAGUCACCAGAUUCCAAAAAGAGAAGAAUCCACAGAUGUGACUUUGAGGGCUGCAAUAAGGUGUACACCAAAAGCUCCCAUCUAAAAGCACACAGAAGGACGCAUACAGGGGAAAAGCCAUACAAGUGCACCUGGGACGGCUGCACGUGGAAGUUCGCCCGCUCCGACGAGCUGACGAGGCAUUACAGGAAACACACGGGGGUCAAGCCCUUCAAGUGCGCAGACUGUGACCGCAGCUUCUCCAGAUCCGACCACUUGGCUCUGCACCGGCGGAGACAUAUGCUGGUGUGAAUCAGAUCAGACGGCGACGAGAGAUGAAGAGGAAGAGAAAGAGAGAGAUCAAUGGAACAAACACACACACACACACACACACACACACACACACACACAGGCAGCCGGGGGAGCGGGAUCUCCCUAUGAAUGUUUUUCAGCUGGCCUGGAUGCACACGCAUAGGCAUGCACACCCACCCACCCACACACACACACACACACACACACACACACACACACUCUCGAGAAGAGGUAGAGGUGCACAGAGCUCGUGGAGCUGCGAUAAACAGGGUCACUUCUGGAUCCUCUUUGGGAUGGAAGGAAAAGACGGCAGGAUUCUUUUAUUGUCAUCGGAGUAUAUUAGGGAACUGUCUUUUACAGCACUGUUCAUAAAUGUUUCACUUUGAUUUUUCUUUUUUUUUUAAAUGAACUCGCACUCUUCAUUUGGACAUUUAAAAUAAUUAUAUAUAUAUAUAUAUACAGUACAUAUAUAUAUAAUGCAAUCGCAACCCUCUCUUCUUUUUUUUCCUAUCUUUUCUAUUCAUUUUUUGUUCAAAAUUGCUGCUUUUUUUCCCCCCAGCAUUCAUAAUGUGAAAGAUCCCGUUGAACGGAAUGGAUUUUUCUGUGUGACGCAGAAAGUUUCGGGCCCCCACACCGGGACCACAGGGAAAAGGAUUUGGAUUUUGGUGCCGAGUUCGAGUUACACAGGCAGUAUUGUUUCCGCUGCGAGUCUGAUUUAUGACCAGCAGGGGGCGCCGUCAACCCACGGAUUGGUUUCCUUGGCCCGCUGGAGUCUUGCUGUUUUGGUCCGAGGCGCUGGCCGUUCACCUUCUCCCCACAGCCAGCACAAACGGGAACACCGUCACUCCCAACAACCUGAAUCAACUCAUCGCAACAUCCACUGUCAUUGCUUCAUCGUAAUCAAUGAAAAGAUGGACACGCCGAUCAUCCCACCAGCAAAAAACAUUAAACCCCAAUGCCAUUUCCCGCUUCACUCCCAGGACCAGAUUUUUUUAACAUCACUGCUAAUCUCUAUGUUGAGCCUCUUUUGAAAAAAUCUUUUUGGGUUGAUUUUGUGCUGUGAUUAGCAAUCAGUAAAGUGCAAUCUUAAAGGAUGAAUACACUUUCAGUAUGACAAGGUUUUUUUGUUAAUUGAAUCUUGCUAUUCUUUCCUUUUUCCUUUUCUUUUUUUUAAAUGCCUGCUUAUUUGCUUACGUUCGACUCGGAAAAAAGAAAACAACCCCUCAUGUACAGUGAACUUGGAAACAAUCAGAGGAGAUUUUCAGUAUGUGAAGAAAAAAGAAAAAUAACAAGAGGCACCUUACAGACUCACGCUUUCAUCCUGUCCUGAUCUUAUCUGUUUUUAGUUUUUAUUAUUCAGCUCUGUGUUUUUCUCAGCUGGGUUUCGACAGUGAGAGGAUAAUUUGUGUUGGUGUGGGGGUUUUUUGUUGUUUUUUUUGCACAGCAGCACUUGACCUUAAGCUGACAUUGACACCGGCUGCAGUGUUAACAGGGAAACGACCAGUGGUACCGGACGUACGUUACAGAAGAGCAAUACACUCUGAACAGAGCAGUGAGGAGGAAAACGACAAACCUCCUCCUCUUGUUCCGCUUUUGCAGAUGUCAAAUAUCCGAGGAGAAGUUCCUUAAAGCCGGGUCGACUCCUCGUUCUAAUCUGUACCAUGGGCCUCUCCCCCCCCCCCCCCCUCUCUCACCGGUCGGCUCGUAGCUCUCGCACAAGACUCUAAUCCGAUGUGUCUCCGUUAGUGAGUUACUAUAGAUCAUUUCAUUUUGUUUUUUAUUUUUUAUUUUCUCAAACAGACUUGAAAUGUGAUCACCUCAGACCAGAUAUAUGUCAAGAUUAUUGUCCGAUUUACCUGAGAUUUGGCUGAAAUUAAACAUCCACAUAUAAAGAUACAUACACAAAAUAGUACAUAUUUUUUUAUAAAAUACAUACAUGGACACAUUAUGCACGUGCAGUGAGGCUUUAUUUCAAAUGCAGUUUCUGGCAGAUUUGAUCUCUUAAGAGAACAUCACUUAAAAUCACUAAACUUAAUAAAAAAAUAUAAAUAUAUAUUUUUAUGCUCAUAAUUAUGGACAUUUUUGCAGGUGUCUCCAAAUGCUUUCACGCCGACAUUAACUCAGAGUAUCAGGCCCAGAUCGUAUUAUUUGAUAGUGCUGCUAAAUGUAUUUAUUGGCCCGAAGCCAGUAAAAGGAAGUGGUGAACUUUGGGACUGCACCUUGAAAACCACACACACACACACACACACACACACACACACACACACACACACACACACCUGAAUUUCAGCAGCCAAAUCCAGGAAGUCAUUUCCGACCCCCCUAUGAAAUGGAGAAUGGUAAUGUAUGUUAUCAUUAUUUAUGCUUAUUGUUCGUGCACAACGUCAUUAUGCCCAGUUGUAUUAACAUUUUAAGCAUAUCAGCACCUUGUUUUUGUUUUAGUAUGAUUUUUACAAAUUCAUUUUUGUUUAGUCUUCAGAUGUCGAUUUAUUAAAACAAAUAAUCCUCAUCAUAUUAUAUAUAUAUCAUCCAUAUAAUGUAUUAAGAUUAAUUUUUAAACGAUCGAGGGGGACUUCAUCACUGCGUAUAACUCUUUUUUCCCCUCUCUUCUUGUAAAAAGGAAAAACUUUUGAAAUUGUUGUAAUAUAUAUGUGAUAGUGAAGAUAAAAAAACUUAUAACAAAGUUCUACAUCCUGUACAUACAUUUUGGAAAAAAUAGGGCUUUUGAUUAGUAGACGCAGGAAAUACAUUUAUACAUGUAAAGUCUUUUUUCAGAGACUGUAAUUUAUCUAAUUUGGUAUACAGUGAAAUGGGGCUAAUGGGGUCCAUCAUGUAAAUUAUCAUAUGUGGUGUUAUAUAUAUGACAGUUUGCUUUUUUUUCUUUUUUGUUUUUGUUGGUUUGUGGUUAACUAACGUUCAUGAUCAAAUCAUUUUUUAUUCCCAAGAAAGGCUGAACCAGUGUUUGCUAUAAUCAACAAAUUAUUUAUAUACAUUGACCAUAUUACGGUACUCGAUUUCCCUCCGUCGUUAUUUUUGCUAUACCCGGACAAAAGAAGAAAGAAUAAUUCUAUUGAUCAAGCACAUAUCAACAACACAUGUACUCUCCUGACACAGGGACAUGACGUCGCAUGCCUUAAAUACACCAGUUUUUUAAAAAACGUGAUUCGAUUAGACUUUGAAGUCGGUGUCUCCACAGGACAGGGUGAAUUGUAUUUUCCCUUUCAGCAUCUUCUCUCUCCUCAUUUUAAAAGCAUAAUUUUGUUAACGGCAACCAGGGUCAAAGUUAUGCAAUAAUAAAUGAAUAAUAGUGCCUCAUAUAUCACAAACGUGUAACAUCCACUGCUCCGCGCCUCUUCUUUUUUCUUCUCGAUUCCAGCGUGUGUGCGCGCGUGUGCUCAAAUUGAUCAAGUCCAAAAUGAGAGAAAAUCGUGAAUUUUUUGAAAAGCACAGACAACAUUAUGCAAGUCGGACCUCUUAACGUUUUCAACUUUUCCUUCCUUCUUUCUUUCUUCUUUUUUUUUCCCGCACUGAGCCGUACGCCGUUGUGUCAAAUGCAGCAUCAUCGUCCCACAACACGUCCCGCGGGCUGUUUAUAGCACACAUUAUCACUUUGCUUGCAAUAAGUCACCUCCUUCCAGGGGAGCACAACUGAGUUACGAAAAGGCCUCUCGAUGUUUUUUUCCGCUUCGGCACAUUAUUUUUCGACAGCGAUUUUCAUGGAAGAGAAAAGGAGGAAUCUGAUUCAUAGGAAGAGAAAAAACAAGAAUCCGGUUGGCUGGGAUUCCGGCCGCUCGAGCGAUGCCUUUUGUUUAUGAAUACUGAAACUUAAGCUUUUUCUGAUCAGUUCAAUAUCUAUUUUUACUUUUCUGUGUAACAUCUGCGUUUGACUUCCUGGUUUUCGAAAGAUUCUAAGUAGUGGAGCCAAUGCCUAUGAUUCAAGUUUGCUGAUAUUACGUACAGUAAUCGUCGUUCCUGUAUUUAUGUAAAAGUGAGUGUAGUGUAUAUAUAUAUUCAGAUCUUUUCAUUCUUACCGUUUUAAAAAGAAAAAUUUGAAAAAUAAUUGUGAUUAUUGCUCAGCAUCGCUUCAAAAGGGAGAUCUUGCUCAUGGAAUUCCACAUCUGUAAAAUAAUUUUUUUUAAUCCUGAUAUUUUUCAAAAACUUUAAGAACAGGUGUCCUUUUUUUUUUUUUUUUUUUCCUUUUCUGUUUUUGCUUUUCUUUUCUCUAAAGAGUUGUUUCAAAGUAUCCAGUCAGUGUUUUUUGCCUUUUUCUCUGUAUUUUUUCAUAUGGAUGGAGCUGUGAAAUUAAAAAAAAAAAAAAUAAGUUCAAACAUAUACAUGUAUAUUAAUAUGAAUGGAGGCAUGAAGGUUAAUAAAGUUGCAUUUUGUAUGUA